AUAUAUUUGGCUUUUACCUCAUCGUAUCCAGUUGCCAAGCCCACAGGACAGGACGUCUUUUGUGAGUUAUAUGGGUGAAUUUUAGCAUUUCGUGGUGUUUUUUUUUAUCUUUAGCAAUACUCACUUUGUAUAGAACUAGAACAGACGGCGAUGUUGAAGUACGGAGCGGUCACUUUGGGUCAGGCAGCCUGCUCCCACUUCAAAGGAGGGGUUUGCCUCAACACUGUAGGCAGGGCUGUGAGAGCAGCGGUCGCACCCACGAUUUCGCAAAGGCGAGAUUAUUCCGACCACAAGAUUCCAGAGUCCCUGCAGUAUGUUGAAGACGCCGAAGACCCAUCGUUUUUUCACAUGGUGGAAUAUUUCUAUCACCGUGGGUGGCAAAUGGUCGAAGACAAGUUGGUUGAGGAAUUCAAGGGAAAGCUCAGCUUGGAGGAGAAACGGAAGAAAGUGCGAGGGUACCUCGGCUUAUUGGGUCCUUGCCAAGCAGUUUUGGAAGUUUCGUUCCCGUUGAAAAGAGACAAUGGUGAAUACGUGAUGAUCAAUGGAUGGAGAGCGCAACACAGUCACCACAGGACACCAUGCAAAGGAGGUAUCCGAUACAGCAUGGACGUCAGCUUGGACGAAGUCAAGGCAUUGUCUGCAUUGAUGACCUUUAAGUGCGCCGUAGUAGAUGUGCCUUUUGGAGGAGGCAAAGCUGGCCUCAAAAUAAACCCCAGGGAAUUCAGUGAAUUUGAGUUGGAGAAGAUCACACGAAACUUUGCCCUUCAGUUGGCCAAGAAAGGAUUUUUGGGUCCUGGAGUUGACGUACCUGCUCCUGAUAUGGGAACAGGAGAACGUGAGAUGAGUUGGAUCGCAGACACUUAUUCACAGACAAUUGGACACACUGAUAUGAACUCUCACGCGUGUAUCACUGGAAAACCAAUCAACCAGGGUGGCAUUCAUGGACGAGUGUCUGCAACAGGAAGGGGUGUCUUCCACGGCAUUGACAACUUCAUUAAUGAAGCCAGUUUCAUGAGCAUGAUUGGCACAACACCUGGAUGGGGAGGAAAGACAUUUAUUGUCCAGGGUCUCGGCAAUGUGGGGCUGCAUUGUACCCGUUACCUAACCAGAGCCGGUGCGCGUUGCAUUGGCAUCCAGGAAGUGGAUGGUUCCAUCUUCAACCCCAACGGCAUUGAUCCCAAGGAGAUCGAGGAGUGGAAAAUUAACAAUGGCACAAUUGUUGGGUUCCCUGGAGCUGAACCAUACCAGGGCGAAAACUUGAUAUAUGAGACUUGUGACAUUUUUGUGCCAUGUGCAACAGAAAAGGUCAUCACCAAAAAUAACGCAAACAAGUUCAACUGCAAGAUCAUUGCAGAGGCAGCUAAUGGGCCAACCACACCAGCGGCAGAUAAAGUCCUGAUGGAACGGAAUAUUCUGGUGAUACCCGACCUGUACAUCAACGCUGGUGGUGUGACAGUCAGCUACUUUGAGUGGCUGAAGAACCUAAACCACGUCAGCUACGGCCGUCUACUCUUCAAGUAUGAGAGAGAAUCUAACUAUCAUCUCCUGGAGAGCGUGCAAGAGUCAUUGGAGAGGAGGUUUGGCAAGGCAGGAGGUCGCAUUCCCAUUAUGCCCAGUGAGGCAUUCCAGAAAAGGAUCUCUGGUGCAUCCGAGAAGGACAUUGUACACUCUGGCUUGGACUACACAAUGGAGAGAUCUGCACGGCAAAUCAUGCGGUCCGCCAUGAAGUACAACUUGGGCUUGGACCUGCGAACCGCUGCGUACGUGAACUCGAUCGAAAAGAUUUAUCUGACUUACCGUGAAGCUGGACUUACCUUCACCUAAUUUAUUCCAAUUUCAUUACGCCUUAUGAUUACCACCAGUUAUAGGUUAUGCUAGCGGCAUUUUAGACGAACGCUUUAGUGUCUAGACUGUACAUGUCCUUUACUUAAGUUUUGCUCUCGGCACAUACAUCAUAGUUCGCUUUCCACUGUUAAUCACCAAACAAGUUGUUUUUCUUUGUUUUUGCAAUGUCACAGACAGAUGCAAGUCACCUUCCUGACCCAAUAAAGUUUUAGAGAUCC